AUGCAAAUGAAGGGUAGAAUAUUGAAGACUUUGUCUGCCGCGUACAUCGCUCACAUUUUAUUCUUUUGCUCAACGGCUAGCGGUGUUAUAACGGAGGAGACGGAUUCGUUUGACUCGGAGGCGGCCACAAUAAAAGCUGCUGCUAUGUCGCCAUCAAGGCUUACUAACGAUGCAAGUGACGUAAAGAAUGCAGUUAUGACAACAUUGCCAGAAGAUAUGCAUGACACUGUGAGAAUCUCGUUGGAUUCCAAAAUAAAUGCGGUUCCAUCUGCACACUGCAGCGGUAAAGAAGAGGCUGACAGGGCUGUAGAACGUGCUCUACCGCGCAAAGACUGCGCAAGCCACGGUUACAACUACAAUGGUGUGGAGACCCCGCUAGUGUCGUCUGCAACAGUCCACCCUUGCUCUGGGAACCUGCAACAAUCGCACUCCGAUAUGGGCGCAGGAUCAGCGACGUGCAAUCUUAAAAGCAAAGAAAUGCUCUCUGCUGCACGUGGAUGCCAGGGGAGAGCAUGUGGUGUUACAAAUGCGAAUGAUUUGGCGGAUAUGACGCAUGGCGAUGCUGAGACGUCCUGCUGCAUGGCCGCCUACUUUCACAACAGUUCUAAGGCUGUUAUUCUUUUCGAAUUUUGGAGGACAACGACAGCGCUUAGUUACGCCAUCAGCUUGAUGAUUAUAUUCCUUCUAUCAAUAUUUACUGUACUAUUGAAGGCUUUAAGAAAGAAGGCUAAUACAAUACUGGCUGAAAUGAACACUUGUCCUUACGUGUUGAGGCAGCUGGCCAUGUUUGCCAUCGCCUAUACAGUCAUUUUUAUGGACUUCUGUAUGAUGCUGAUCGUUAUGACUUUCAACCUUGGAAUAGUGCUUGUCGCCUGCACGGGCUAUGCUCUAGGCUACCUCUUGACCUGCUUUAGAUACACAUCGUCCACAAACGCUGCAGAAUCCGAGUCUCCAAUCGAGUGCGAUGCCGACUGCUGUUAG